CUCCGUGCAGCGUGCAGCAGGCAGCAGCGGCAGCAAGUGGCGGCGGGCGCGCGCUGCCAUUCCAGCACUCAUUCCCACGGUGCAACGGAACGGAGCGCACUCAGCGACCACCUUUUCAAACUCCGCCCACCCCUCAACCAAAAACUAACAUCCCUCACUCAAACACAGCUCAACGACGGCAGCGGCAGGGAAACACUGUGACGUUUGUGAAGUGCAGCUGUUGACGCCACGUCGACUUAAAUAAACAGAAAACACUGUAACAGGUGUUUCGUUCUUUCUUUCUUUCUUUUUUGUUUCCGCCGUGCACCAUGCUGGAUCCUUCCUCCAGCGAAGACACCGGCGGGGAGUCGGACCCAGAAGUUGUGCAGGAGCCUCCGAGGAAAGCGGCUGGCUCCUCGGCGGGGAAACGGGGCAACAACAACAACAGCAGCAGCGGCGGCGGCAGCGGCAACCGGGCGGGGGGCCAGAAGCGACAGCCGGCCGCACCUGGAGCUGCCCCCGGCAAAGGUGCCAAAGACAACAACGCUACUACAGGUGAAGAGGAGGAGAGGAAAGAGCGCGAGCGGAUCCAAAAGGAGGAAGAAGAGAGGAAAAUUAAACUGCAGAUCUAUGUGUUCGUCCUGCGGUGUAUAGCCUACCCCUUCAACGCCAAGCAGCCCACAGACAUGGCCCGACGGCAGCAGAAGGUGAACAAGCAGCAGCUUCAGGCGGUGAAAGAUCGUUUUCUGGCCUUCCUCAGCGGGGAAACUCAGAUCGUGGCGGAUGAAGCUUUCUGCAACGCUGUGAGGAGCUACUAUGAGGGCUUCCUGAAGAGCGAGCGAGUUUCCCGGAUGGUUCAGAGCGGCGGCUGCUCGGCCAACGACUUUCGCGAGGUCUUCAAGAAGAACAUCGAGCGGCGGGUCCGCAGCCUCCCAGAGAUCGACGGCCUGAGCAAAGAGACGGUUCUCAGCUCCUGGAUCGCCAAGUACGACUCCAUCUACAGGGGGGAUGAGGAUAUGAGGAGGCAGCCUCAGCGGGCUCACCUGAGCGCCGUGUCGGAGCUCAUCCUCAGCAAGGAGCAGCUGUACGAGAUGUUCCAGCAGAUCCUCGGCAUCCGGAAGUUUGAGCACCAGCUGCUGUACAACGCCUGCCAGCUGGAUAACGUGGACGAGCAGGCGGCUCAGAUCAGGAGAGAGCUGGACGGAAGGUUACAGCUGGCCGAGAAGAUUUCCAGAGAGAGGAGAUACCCGAAGUUUGUCUCUGCAGACAUGGAGCCUCUCUACGUGGAGGAGCUGCGGUCGUCCGUCAACCUGCUCAUGGCCAACCUGGAGAGUCUGCCCGUGUCUAAAGGAGGUCCGGACUUCAAACAGAAACUCAAACGCUCCUCCCUGAACAACUCCUUCUUAGACAUGGGAGACGAGGGAGACAUCCUGUCCAAGUCUGACGUCGUGCUGUCCUUCACACUCGAGAUUGUGAUCGUGGAGGUCCAGGGUCUGAAGUCUGUGGCUCCCAACAGGAUCGUUUACUGCACCAUGGAGGUGGAGGGAGGAGAGAAGCUACAGACGGACCAGGCCGAAGCCUCCAGACCACAGUGGGGGACUCAGGGGGACUUCACCACGACUCACCCUCUGCCCUCGGUCAAAGUGAAGCUGUUCACAGAAAGUACGGGAGUCCUGGCUCUAGAGGACAAGGAGCUCGGCCGGGUGAUCCUGAACCCGACCACGAACAGUCCGAAGCAGACCGAGUUUCACUGCAUGGUCGUCCCAAAGAACAGCCAGGACUCUGAGCUGAAGAUCAAACUGGCCGUCCGCAUGGACAAACCGCCCAACAUGAAGCACAGCGGGCACCUGUACGCUCUGGGACAGAGAGUCUGGAAACGCUGGAAAAGACGAUAUUUUGUUCUUGUUCAGGUGAGUCAGUACACAUUUGCCAUGUGCAGCUACAGAGAAAAGAAGGCCGAGCCGGUGGAGCUGAUGCAGCUGGAGGGCUACACAGUGGACUACUGCGACCCUCAGCCAGGUCUGCAGGGCGGUCGGGUGUUUUUCAACGCGGUGAAGGAAGGCGACCUGGUGAUGCUUGCCUGUGACGACGAGCAGGACCGGAUGCUGUGGGUCCAGGCCAUGUACCGAGCCACGGGACAGUCCUACAAACCGGUCCCACCGCUGCAGAACAAAACUACAAACUGUAGAGGAGGACUGCAGAAACCAGCAUCCCCCAUCAGUCUGGACCCGUCUCAGCGUCAGGGCGUGGAGGAGCUAAUCUCUGCGGGUCCAUCUCGCUUCGACCACGGCCUAUUCACCAUUUUACAGAAAAGCACCCUGCAGCACCGCAUGAACGACUCCUUCUCCUGCCUGGGUUGGUUCAGCCCCGGCCAGGUGUUCGUCCUGGACGAGUACUGCGCCCGUUACGGCGUCCGAGGCUGCCACCGUCACCUGAGCUACCUGAAGGACCUGAUGGAUUACUCAGAGAACAACGCGCUGGUAGACCCCACGCUGCUGCACUACAGCUACGCCUUCUGCGCCUCCCACGUCCACGGAAACAGACCCGAUGGGAUGGGGACGGUGACGAUGGAGGAGAAAGAUCACUUCGAGGCCAUCAGGAGCCGCCUCAUGGCUCUGCUGGAGAACCAGAUCACACAUUUCAGGUACUGCUUUCCCUUUGGACGACCAGAUGGGGCCCUGAAGGCGACGCUGUCUCUGCAGGAACGGGUGUUGAUGAAGGACAUCACCACGCCGGUUCCUCCUGAGGAGAUGAAGAAAUUGGUGCAGAGGUGUCUGGAAAAAGCAGCAAAGAUCAACUACAGCCAGCUGAUGGAGUAUGCUCAGAUCAAAGUGGAUGCUCACGCAGCUGCGGAGAAAAGACUGGAGGACAUGUUGAGGUUGGGAGAGCUCUCCAUCGAAGUCCUGCAGCAGAACGAGGAGCAUCACUCCGAGGGAGGAGAGGCUUUCUCGUGGUGGCCAGAUCUGAUGGCUGAACACGCCGAGACCUUCCUGUCUCUUUACAGAGCGGACAUGGACGCCGCUCUGCAGAUCCAGCCUGUGGACUCCUGGGACAGCUUCCCACUCUUCCAGCUCCACAACAACUACCUACGGACAGACUCUCACCUGUGCAAUGGACCCUUCCACAAACACCUACAGGACCUGUACGUGCCCCUAGUGGUCCGCUACAUCGACCUGAUGGAGUCGUCCAUCGCUCAGUCCAUCCACAGAGGCUUCGAGCAGGAGACCUGGCAGUCUGUAAAGUCAAUAACUAACAAUCUCGCCAGCGUUCCUCUUCCUAAAGUCCCCAGCCUCCCUCUCACGCUGCCACCGAUGCCCAGCUUCUCAGCGCCGGCUUGGAUGGGACCACUGUGUGAAAACACCCUGCAAGGGAUAAAUCUACCCGACGUCUUCAAUGGCUCGGCCACCUCAGAGGAUUUGUUCUGGAAGCUGGACGCUCUACAGAUGUUCGUGCUGGACCUCCACUGGCCAGAACCUGAGUUCGCCAAACAUCUGGAGCAGAGACUCAAACUGAUGGCGAGUGACAUGAUGGAGGCCUGCGUCAAGAGAACAAAAACGUCAUUUGAUUCCAAAAUGCAGAAAGCAAAUAAGUCGACAGACUUCCGGGUGCCGCUGUCGGUCUGCACCAUGUUCAAUGUGCUGAUGGAUGCAAAGAAGCAGUGCUCCAAACUCUGCGUGCUGGACACCGGACAGGAGUUUGACAAACAAUGGCAACAGUACCACUCCAAAAUCGAUGUUCUGAUUGACGACGCGUUAAAAGAAAUGAUUUCGUCGCUCGUCACGAGGUUUUCUGCCGUUUUGGACAGUGUCCUCUCCAAGCUCUCCCGAUACGAUGAAGGCACAUUCUUCUCUUCCAUCCUCUCUUUCACGGUGAAAGCAGCUGCCAAAUAUGUGGAGGUCCCUAAACCAGGGAUGGAUCUGGCCGACACCUACAUCACCUUCGUACGACAGAACCAGGACAUCCUCCGAGACCGUGUCCAGGAUGAGCUCUGCAUCGAGAAGGUUUUUGAUCAAUGGUACAUGUGCUCCACGAAGGCAGUGUGCAUUUGGCUGACGGACAGACUGGACCUGCAGCUUCACAUGUACCAACUGAAAACACUCAUCAAGAUUGUAAAGAAGACCUUCCGUGACUUCAGGCUGCAGGGCGUCCUGGACGGCACGCUGAACAACAAGAGCUACGAGACCGUCUACAACCGCCUAACGGUGGAGGAAGCCACGGCGGCGGUCAAAGCGGGCGACGGCCUGCAGGGAAUCAGCAUGAGAGACAGCGAUGAGGACGACGAUUGAACACACACAUCUUACCUUCCUGUACCGGGUUACUACCUGAGUAUCGUCUUAGAGAACGGAUCGGACCUUUAGUACAGUCAGAGACGUUUCCUCCCGCUGAGUUGUUUCUUUCUCAAGAGAAAACAUAAACUACAAACCGUCUACAGACAAUAAAUCAACGUUUACAGAUUGCUGCUGUGCAAAAUAGCCAUUUCUUCAUCAACGUGCAAAGCUAAGCUAAUGGUCGCUAGUGAGGCAUGUUGUGGAUAUAUUUCCUCGACUGAAAUCCUCGUUUCACUCGAUCAAAGUGUUCGCUGAAGUCAGAUGUUUCAGUCUGAGGAUCGAUGACCCGCUGCUCAGUAUACAAACGUGCUGCACAGCGUUUAGCGGGGACAGGAAAUGCAAAUGUUCUACAGGUCUGCAGAUAAUAAUACCUUUAUUUACAUGACACAUUUUAAAGUGCUUUGACAGACAAAUCACAGAAGCAGUUCUAUGUUACAGGUUAGCAAGCAGAUUUGUUUUUAAUAGAUUUGUUUUUAUUUAAUAAACACAUCGAAAAAGACUUCAACA